UCUUUAAUGGCGACCGCUGAUGACGGGUCGCAAAUUGGAACUUGACGUUGUUUAUUGUUUAGGACAUAGUUAUAUAUCGUAAAUUCGUAAACAUGACGGGAAUAUUGCCAACGUACCAACGAUUCGUAAAUGGGGUUCCCGUACCAUCUAUAUCUCGUCGUUCAUUUCGUAUGCGCGAGAAAUACUUAAUUAUUUCUGUACUCUUAACAUUCGGAAUCGUGUGGUUAGGUGCACUCUUCUACUUACCAGAGUUUAAAAGUUCGAUAAGCGUGAACGACAGUGUUUAUGAUGUGUACAGGCGUAUUCAGAAAGCGGGUCCUGAGCUACUCAUGCCACCUCCCCUAGCGCAGAAUGAAGUCGGAGACUUUCCCGUUGUGGGGAUCGUACGUCACGGGGAAGAAGGUGACGAUCCUCACAUUGUGGAAGACAGGAACCGCCUACGAGCUAAGAUCAAUGAGGAUAUGGGGAUGAAAGUGCUAGAGAGACCGCAAUUUGAUGUCGCACCUUCCGUGUCGUCUUCUCGAGGUCCUAGCAAGCCCCCUGUGGAUGCUAUUGAAGAACCAAAUGUCGCAAAUAAUGUGGGCAAAGAUGUGUCUCCCUCAGGAGAAAAAUACUUGGCAGGUGUCAAUAAGUAUGUCUUACCGCUGAUGGACUCUAAUACAGACCCAGAAAUCAGGCACAAACGUGAAACUGUUAAAGAGAUGAUGCGUCACGCAUGGAACAACUACAAGCUGUACGCCUGGGGCAAGAAUGAGCUGAAACCUAUAUCGAAGCGUGCGCAUUUGACGAGUGUUUUCGGCGGCGGAGACCUCGGCGCGACGAUAGUGGACGGCAUGGACACGCUCUACAUCAUGGGCCUGAUGGAGGAGUUCCGGGAGGGGAGGGAGUGGAUCGCUGAACACUUCCGCAUCAACGAAAUCGACUCUGACCUAUCAGUAUUCGAGACGACGAUCCGUUUCGUGGGCGGUCUGCUGUCAUGCUACGCGCUGACCGGUGACACGGUGUUCCGGGAUAAGGCCGCCGAGGUGGCAGACGCUCUGCUGCCGGCGUUCGACACCCCCACUGGCCUGCCGCAUGCACUGAUCAACCCUACUAAUAAGGCGAGCCGUCAGUAUCACUGGGCCGGCUCCAACAGCAUUCUCUCCGAGGUUGGUACGUUGCAUCUCGAAUUCACGUACCUGAGUGACGUCACGGGGAAAGAAGUUUACAGGCAGAAGGCGGCCCGUAUCCGCGAAGUGCUCCACAACAUACAGAAGCCGGACGGCCUCUAUCCGAACUACAUCAACCCACGGAGCGGCCAGUGGGGGCAGAGGCACAUGUCGCUCGGCGCGCUCGGCGACUCGUUCUACGAGUACCUGCUGAAGGCGUGGCUGGUCACCAACAACGAAGACGAACAGGCACGUAUCAUGUUCGACGAGGCAAUGCAGGCGGCGUUGGAUAAGAUGCUGAGGGUUUCGCCGGCGGGAUUGUCGUAUCUAGCCGAGUUGAAGUAUGGGAGGAUAUUUGAAGAGAAGAUGGACCAUUUGUCUUGUUUCGCUGGCGGCAUGUUCGCGCUGGCGUCGACGACGCUGGAGAACUCGCUGUCGGAGCGCUACAUGGACGCGGCGCGCAAGCUGACGCACACCUGCCACGAGAGCUACGCGCGCUCCGACACCAAGCUCGGCCCCGAGGCGUUCAGGUUCUCCGGCGCCAUGGAAGCGCGAGCGAUGAAGAGCAACGAGAAGAUGUACCUGCUGCGGCCGGAGACGUUCGAGAGCUACUUCAUCAUGUGGCGGCUCACCAAGGAGCAGAAGUACCGCGACUGGGCCUGGGAAGCUGUUGAGGCCCUCGAGAAGCACUGCCGCGUGGAGGGCGGGUACACGGGCGUCAUGAACGUGUACCACGCGCAGCCGCAGGGCGACGACGUGCAGCAGAGCUACUUCCUCGCUGAAACGCUCAAGUAUUUAUACCUGAUAUUCGCUGACGACUCACUGCUCUCGCUGGACGAGUGGGUGUUCAACACGGAGGCCCAUCCCUUCCCCGUCAAGGACAAGAACCCGCUGUACCGAGCCGCCGACAAACAGGAGGAUAACCAAGUCUAGACUUGCACUUUGCAAUUACACUUUAACACUUUGAGUUGUGAGUUCACUAAUAAAAAUGUUAUAGGUGUGCGACUGAGU